AUGGAACCGGUAAUAUGUCGUCAUGAGUUUGCCAAUUUUCAGUUGGAAAUAAAAGUGUUGAUCAUAGAUGAUGAUGGUUGUGCUUUAAGUACUGCCAUUAAUUGCUGCGGGGUAGCUCUGAUAGAAGGUGGCAUACCAACCUAUGAUCUGAUAACAUCCUCAACUGUGUGUCUAUUGAAGCAAAAGGAAUUUAUUAAUCCCACAGCUGAUGUUGAAGAUUUACUGUUAAGUCUUUCCGGUAGUGAUGAGAAAGAUGCCGUUGUAGAGAAGCAUGGUAUAAUUGUUACUGCCAGUAUAUCAGCUGUUGGCCAAGUCACAGAAUGUUUUCAAAAGGGUUAUAUUCUACCAGAGACAUUAGAACGUUUAUGCGAACACUCUUUGGCCGUAAAUCAACGAAUGUUAGACACUAUACGCCAUGUAUUGGUCAAUAAAGUUAAAAAAUGUAUUGCCUUGCAUCAAGAAAGUGCUGACGAGGAAUUAGACGCCAGCGAAUCAUAAAAUAAAUAAUGAACCACCACAAAUACAUAGAUUUUCCAGAAAUCAA